GCCGUGUAUCUGUUUAUUACAGAAUUUAAUAAUUUAAUAAAAUUGCUAUGCAUUUUAUGUAGUUCGCUUACACACUACGCCUUCUGUAGUUAUUAUAAACACAUGUCUCCAUUAUAAUGUGAAACCGCGUUUUAUCAAUUAUGUUUCCGAAAUAUGAUAUUUUCGAUGUCCUCGCUGUGUUUUAUGACAAAAUUUAAAUAACUUUGUUGCGCCGUACUUACACACUACCUUUAUCUUAAAGAAUCGAUCAAGUAACGCGUGUAUGUCAUAAUUAUGUAGGCGUUUUAAAGUUAUUAUUAUUCAGUUUGUGGAUAUUUUGCGAAAUAGAUACCAGACAUGGACUUAGACUUUAAUUAAACGAUAUAUGUUUGGAAAAUAUUAACUGUGUUUAGUUGUUAAGUAAUUUUGUAAAGUGUUAAGCAAUCGGUACUUAAGUAAUCCGCGCGCUUUUAACACACUUCUAUUUAUAAACCAUUAUAGUUAUAUUCAAGUUGACGGGCGGUUGAACUUUGUGUAAUUGAGUUUAUUUGUAAAGUAAAACUGAGAAUUGAAAUUGAUGUUAUAUGAGCGGAUGACUAACUAUGAUUUACUCCUUGUGAAUACUUGUAUAUGUGAUAAACUUACACAUAACAUGUGUGUUUUCAAACGACAGGAUGUUGAUUGAAGGAUAUAAAAAACUUCCAAGUGAUUUCCGGAUUAUAAAUGUUAUAAUUAAUAAGAUGUUGCUUUGAGUGUAUGUCAAUGCAUGUUACGAGGAAUCCCGAAUUUGUGUUUUCGUCGGUUUAGAGUGAAUAUAUAGAAGUCUGAUGAUAAACGAGUGCUUAGAUUGAAUUUAUUUGCUGUCAAAAUGAAUACAACACUAACUACGUUAUAUCCGAACAUUACAACAGCCGCUAACACGACCCAUGCGAUAUGUCGAACUAUGGUGCCGACCUAUACAAUAUUAUUUACUCUUUUAAGUUGCUUUCUCUCCAUAUUUGGAUCAUUUGUGAUCAUAAUCACGUAUAUAAAUCUUCCAGUGAUACAGAAUUUUGCAAGAAAGCUUCUACUGAGUCUGACUGUGGCUGAUUUACUCACCGCGUUCGGGAAUACUAUUGGCAGUAUACGGUACUUAGUGUUGAAGUCAAAGGGCGGGGAUUGCGAUUUACUGUUGGCAUCAGACAGCGUAUGUGUUGUACAAAGUUUCAUCACAACCUAUUCCAGCAUGGCAUCGUUCUUCUGGACUUCCAUUAUCGCUUUCCAUAUAUACAUGCAAAUCAUUCAUAGGUCAUCGGGCAUGCGCACGGGACUUAUGUUGAUAGGUUACCAGGUUCUGUGCUGGGCAGUUCCAGGAAUCAUAACGAUCACAGCUUCCGGUUUAGAUGUACUUGGGAACGAUAAAUCUGUUGGUACCGGAAGUUGGUGUUGGAUCAAAACUCAGCUUGCUGACCAUGUGCAGAUUGCUUGGAUGAUUAUUGCUGGAAAGGGCUGGGAAAUACUGUGUUAUAUUGUUACAGCUGGGCUUUAUAUGAUGUCCAAAAUAGCCAUGUGGUCACAGAGACGCGAAAAUACACGGCGGCGAUUUGGUAUGCAAGAUAUAGAUGGCAUGCGCAGUGAGGAUGGAAAUUUCCUUUAUGUAACCCCUGAAGCGCAGAAGUUGCUGUUAUUUUUCCAAAGCAUUGGCGACAGUUCGCAAGCUUUCUUUAACUGUAUUUUGUUCUGCUUUUGUGAUGCAACUGUAAGACAUUAUUUGUAUAGAGUGUUGUCACGGCAACAGAGGGUGCUUGAUGAAGAUGACGAGAGAACUCCAAUACAAACAUAACAAUCACCAUGUGUUGUUUGUUUUUAUUUAUUUUUGUGACGCAAUUAGUUAAAGCAUUUUGUUAUCGUGCAAUCAGCCGCAAUCGACGCAAGAAUACAUGUUCAAUUUAUUUUUUUCUUACUGAUUUUGUCAUUCUGAUUUUGUCAGGAAACAAGUCAAAAUUAUUUUUGUGUAUAUUGUAUAUUUUAAAAUAAAUAGCAUGAAACAAUG